AUGGUCUUGCGGAGGCCUCGGACGCGGCCACCUGCCAACAAAAGGCCGAAGGGUGACGGUCACUGCUUCGCAGCCACCGCCACCCGUUCUGCAAAGAGCUGCCGGGCGCAAGCGGUCACCCGCCGAGGAGUGAACACCCCUCACUCCAUCAUGCCGCAGAACACUGCCGUCCUUUCUCCUAUCGCCCCUACCCCGAGCGCUCGACUCUGCCUUGAACGGUGCCGUCGGGCAGUGACCGGGAAGGUCCCAACGCGGCCCCCCCGGGCGCGAACCAGCGCUCUCCCCCGCCGCACCGCCCUGCAAAUGGCCGCUCAACUGCGCCAGUCUCCCCCUCUUCUGCACACUCGCUCCCGGCUCCCAGGAGAGACACACCCCCGAACCACGCAAAGGUGGAAGAAGGGGAUCGACCGCGCCGCCGCCCGCACGGGGAAGGCAGGACAGCCGGCGAAUCGCUGGGGUGCGGAUGCCCCCUCCUCACGGCGGGGGAGGGCUGACGGGCGCCCGGCCGGCUGCCUCCCUGCAGCACGGCGGCAGGCAGAGGAGCGGCUGCCGGAGCUGAGGACGCUUCUCCGCAGCCCGACAGAGACCAGGGCGGGGGGCUCGGACGCCCCCCCGCCCCCACUCUCUGCGCUCCCACUUCUGCAUACCCGCUCUGCCUUGCCGAAGUGCUGCCGCCGCCUCGGCGGUACUCGCCAGUGUGCGAACCGCCGCGCGGAAGCAGCCGCUCCGCCUCUGACAGAGACGCCCCCCCCUCCACCCGCCCGCCUGCCCGCCCGCCCUCACCUCGAGCUGGCGCUGCCUCCCCGCGCUGCCAGCCCUGCCGCCUCGCCCGCCCGCGCGCCUGCCACCGUACCCCUGGUUCCGGGCCCCGCCGAGGGGGCAGGCGGCCAGCCCUCGCCACCCGCCGCCGGGCUGCGGCUGCCGCGCCCCUCGCUACCCUCCACCCCCCCAAUACCCGCCGCAGGGAAGGGGCAGCGGCGACUGCCAGGCGGGAGGAAACGAGAGGAGCUGCCGGUAGCGCAGGCAGCGCGCUGCGGCUGGGUCUCCGGGGAUGGACUGGGCUUCGCCCUCCGAUACAGCCUGCCCGCGGAGAGGAGGGCGUUGACUGGCCGCCCAGCCCGCCAGGGAGGAGAGGCACCCCCGCCUUCGCCGCGGGGCCGGAACGACCCUGCUCACGCCCGGUUAAAUGUCACGGCUCCUCGUCUGCUCCCCGCCGCCGCCCCGCGCGUCGCUCACCUCGGGAGGGGGCUGUGA